CCACAAGCUCGUGGGAGAAGAGGCGUGUGGGAAGCGAGGCGCAGAGCAGCCUGGGAAGUGUAGUUCGGGCGGGACAGCCAUGGCUUCGUGGUGGGAGUUGAGGUUCCGGGACGCUGCAGAGGCCUGAAAAGAGGGACUUUAAACGUCUCUGGCACAGCACAGGAAGCAUCUGAUUAAUGAAUGAUUUACCCAUUUAAGACCUCGUUAGAUCGUGUGGAUAGUCCUGUGAACUGACAGGCUCUCCCUAUGUUUCUUUCCUGGCCUCCAGCUCCUAGGCCCCAAUGACUUCAUGUAGUUGGGAAUGUCGUCACAUGUCAUUGCACUCAGCUGAUUUCUCUUAGCUUGCAUAUUUCUUUGGAGGUGAUUGGAACACAAGAUUAGGACCAUAGCUCACUGGGUCUGACUCCUACUGUGGAUUUCAAUAUGCUGCGACGAAAACCAACACGCCUGGAGCUCAAGCUCGAUGACAUUGAAGAGUUUGAGAGCAUUCGCAAGGACUUGGAGACCCGUAAGAAACAGAAGGAAGAUGUGGAAGGUGUAGGAACCAGUGAUGGAGAAGGGGCUGCUGGGCUCAGCAGUGACCCCAAGAGCCGGGAACAAAUGAUUAAUGAUCGAAUUGGUUAUAAACCCCAACCUAAGUCCAACAACCGCACAUCUCAGUUUGGAAACUUUGAGUUUUAAAGAUGGAUUCUCUCGAAUGCCAGACCUCUAGAAUGGAAUAAAAUGAUGGCAGAAAUACAGAACAGAUUUAGAGAAUUAAGUGUGUAUAACCAAGCAGAAUGUUUUCUGUCUCCUGCAGGGAGAAAUAAUGUCUGCAUGAGGUUACUGCUGUUCAACUUUUCUGAUAAGAUAGAAGCCAAAUUCUGGCUUGUUUCUGGAAAAUUGGACUGCGGAAAGCUUACCUGAUUUUUUGUUUUUAAAAAUAAAUAUAUUUUUGGGAGAAUGUGAGACAUCCCUAAAAGUAGUAGCAAUGAAGUCCCCAGCUCUGAGAGGUAAUUGCCACCAAAGGUGAUGCCAUUGUCUUUGUCUUUAAAAAAUGACCCCAGACCCGGACACUUGCAGUUGACGACACCCUGGAUUUUCCCUUCACGUGUGUAUUCAGUAUUUGGUGACUGCUGAACAUCCUGCAAGCAACAGAGAUCCCAAAUGAGUGUGCUCAUGGCUGUAACCCAGCGUGUGGAAGACUGAGGUAGGAGUCUCAUGCACUGGAGGCUAGUCUAGGAUACAGAGUGAAAUCUUGUCUCAAAAUGUUGACAAAACAACAACAAAACCAAAACCAUAACCAUGAAGAACCAAACCAACCAAGACAAAACUUCUACCCUCAUGGAGAUUGGAUUCUAAUGAGCAAACUGUCAAAUUGACUUACAGAAAGGCUUUUUACAAUGAGGGAAACACGAGACUUUCUAACAGUAUGAGGCACUCUAAUUCUUCCCUUGGGACUCGUCUAAGAGUUCUUGCAGCAGGAACUCAUCUGAAUUUUGGAUACUUUUGCACCACGCCUCAUUUUACCAUAAAAAUCCAGGCAGAACCAGCUGUGGAAGCCAGAACAUCUGUAAUCAAGUUUCAAAGAGACUCCAUAGCUGGAUUUUACCCAGGCUUUUGGAUAGUUUGUGAGUGAUGUAUAUGGAAAGGUAGAAAUAGAGGGAGAUGUGUAGUUUCCUUUUUUUCUCCAAGCUUUUUUACAAAACCUUUAUUCCAGUUUUAUUGAUGAUCCCUAAGUCCUGUUACCUUACUGUCUUAAGAAAACAAUAAAAGCCAGACACAUGCUGUA